AUGUUUUUAAUAAACAUGUAUCGCCAAGUUCGUGUUAAGGAUGAACAUUCAGCAAUAACUAAAACUUAUUGGAAAUUAAUAGAUGAUGAAUUUAUUCCAACAAUUUUAAUUCGAGCUGGGGAAAGAUUUACUUUGAUUGAGGUAUCAUUGCCUAUAUUUUUUGCGCCAGACUUGUCGUUAUUCUCAUCGUUACAACAUAAAAAUUCUAAAGUUGCGUUAAAACCAAUUUGUCCUUUGUUUGGACAAGAGAGUGUUCAGAUUUUGGAUUUGCCAGUUGACGGAUUUUCUGAAAGAAACGGGCAUGCGCCUGUACCCGGAAUUUUGUAUUGUGUUCGAGUUCAAAUUUCAUUUACUCCCGGACUUAUCCCGAUAUGGACAUAUAAUGAAAAUUAUGUUGGGACACUUGAUUCUUUCCAUUGGACUUCAGCAUUUAUGGCGGAGGUAAAUAAAUCUAAUGUUUUAACGAACAUUAGCUUAAACUUGAAAAAUAAAAUAAAUUCUAGCUUGAACUUGAGACUUAAAGUAAGAAUACAAGUUCAAUAA